UACGUGAUCCCUAAACCACUCGUUCGCCACUACAAAACCAACUAAACCCAGACCAGACCAGAGUUAUCUGCGAGAAGAAGCUCUGGUUUUUUCUUUUCUCCAAAUCACGCUUCCGAUUAAUCGCCAAAUAGAGUAAACAUGGGCAGGAAAUUCAUUGUCGGUGGCAACUGGAAAUGCAAUGGGACAACUGAGGAGGUGAAGAAGAUUGUCACCAUGUUGAAUGAAGUUGAGGUCCCUUCAGAGGAUGUUGUGGAGGUGGUUGUAAGCCCUCCUUUUGUGUUCUUACCUGUCGUAAAGAGUCUUUUGCGGCCUGAUUUCCAUGUCGCUGCACAAAACUGUUGGGUUCGUAAGGGUGGUGCUUUUACCGGAGAGGUUAGUGCUGAGAUGCUUGUGAAUUUGGGCAUUCCUUGGGUAAUUCUUGGUCAUUCAGAAAGAAGAGCUCUUCUUAAUGAGUCAAAUGAGUUUGUUGGAGACAAGGUUGCAUAUGCACUUUCUAUAGGCUUGAAAGUGAUUGCUUGUGUUGGGGAAACACUGGAGCAGCGAGAAUCAGGAUCUACUGUGGAUGUUGUUUCUGCUCAAACAAAAGCAAUUGCAGAGAAAAUCUCAAGUUGGGAAAAUGUUGUCGUGGCUUAUGAGCCAGUUUGGGCCAUUGGUACAGGAAAGGUUGCCACCCCUGCUCAGGCUCAGGAGGUGCAUUUUGAAUUGAGGAAAUGGCUUAAGGGCAAUGUUGGUGCUGAAGUUGCUGCAUCCACCAGAAUUAUCUAUGGAGGUUCUGUAAAUGGAGGAAACUGCAAAGAACUGGCAGGACAGCCAGAUGUGGAUGGCUUUCUAGUCGGUGGAGCUUCACUGAAGCCUGAGUUCAUUGACAUUAUCAAGUCUGCCACGGUGAAGAAGAAUGCUUAAAAGUUUGAAGCUUUUCUUAUUUGGUAGAAACUGGCGGCCAGUUUGUUUGUUAAAGGGCCUUUCUGUUGCUUAAGAGUUGCUAACUUUAGUUGUGGGGUCUGUCUCUGGAGCAGACAUUAAUAAGUUAAAAAGAGUUUCAACUUUCACCUCAUACCUGACGUGUGAGGUAUAAAUUUGUUUUGAACUCUUCCUGAAUCAACCAGAUAUCACGGUUCUGUUUUGUUUUCUAUUA